AUGGCCCCAAAACAGAGAAUCCAGGUUGCGAAUAAUACAUUUAGUAAGAAUGUCACUUCACGAGGAAAUGUUCAGAAGACUCUUAAACCACAAGAGGAUAAGUAUAGCGUAUCAACUUGGCUUAUUGGACUAUUUAUUUUUGUCGUUUGCGGCUCAGGUAUGAUUUUCACUAUUCACUUCCACGUACGUAUGGUAAUUUAA